AUGGGUGGGUAUGGACCCGUCUGCCUCUCCGAGAGUCGGAUAAUCGUCAUGUCGCUCUUCCUGCCAUCUUUCCUUGCCGCCAUAGCGGUGUGCAGGAAUGUCAUGGCAGAUGCUGUGAGGAGCAGUAACAAUGCUGGAAAGAGAGGCAGACUCCAGCUUCUUAGUAGGCCGGGCUCCAAAGUCAUCUCCUGGUUUCUGGCCGUGAUGACGAGGCCUGGUUGCAUUGGUGAAUUUGAAAUCAUUGAUGAUCACAGAGCAAGGAAAAUUUCUGUGAAUCUCACAGGCAGGUUAAACAAGUGUGGAGUGAUCAGCCCGAGAUCUAAUGUACAACUGAAAGAUCUAGAAAAAUGGCAGGCUAACCUGCUCCCAUCCUGCCAGUUUGGUUUCAUUGUCCUGACAGCCUCCGCUGGCAUCAUGGAUCCUAAAGGAGCAAGACAAAAACACAGAGGAGGGAAAAUCCUGGGAUUCUUUUUCUAGGGUUAUAAUACAUAUGUGCAAAUAAAAUGCCUCAGUGGCAAAAAAAUAAAACCAAAACCAAAAACUAAAUGAUGUCGUGGAAUCACCUUGGUGAGCCCCAGAGAAAGCUGGUUCCCAGUCCUUUUGCUAGAAGACUGAGCAGGCUCAACAGUACGGUGGAACACGCCUCUACAGUUACUGGUGACGUAAAUGUGUGAAUUUCAAUGUCAGGAGGUGUGUCUGGGCCUAGACAAGAAUUAUUUAGAUAAUGAGGCUCAUGCAAACAGAAGAGAUGACAGCUUACAGCUGUGAUCCAUGGGAUGUGUGUGGGCUUCUGGCCUGGCCUCAGCCCCUCGGGGUUCAGCACACUUAACUCCUCUUGUCUCUCACCUUGCUGUCUGACCUGUUUAUCUGCCGCCUGUCCUGUUAUAUUCGUCCUGUCCUUGCCCUGUUUAUAUCCAUAAUGCCGCUCUCUAGUGUAUGCCCUUACUCUGUUGCUUUUCGUAGCAAUCUGAGAAGCAAGACUCCUGUAAAACCAGGAUGACUGAAAUCAUUACUUGCUAUCAAAUAUCCGUGCGUCAGGAACUUUAAGGUUAGAAUAUAAGAAGGCACAGGCGUGGUGGGUGUGAAAGGGAGAGGAGGGAAGGGAGGAAGGAAGGAAGAGCGCGGUCCUGUGUGGGAAAAUGACUGAAAGCAGAGGGUCUCAUAGCAGAAACACUCCCCAGCUACUGGGCAAGCCGUUGUUGUCACAAAAUUCUCAAGAUGGGUUGCUUUGGGUUUCACAAAUGUAUUGACUUUAUUCAGAUGCCUCUUGGAUACAGUUGAGACAUGGUCCCAGGCCCUCCUCAGUUCCUUCUGAAAUUGAUUAGUACAUUUGACACAAUGUUUUGAGCACUUGCUAUGUGCUAAACUUUAUUCUUUUUUUCUUUUUUUUUUUUUUUUUAGAUUUUAUUUAUUUAUU